GCCAUGGGGGCGCAGGUGAGCGCCAGGCGAGCCCCUGCGGCUCUCCGACGAGCUCCCUGGCCCAGGCGGCCCCUGCCAGCGUCCACGGCACCGGAUGACCCCGACGCGCACAAUGCCCCGGGCCCGGGACCUGACCUCCUCCGACUGGACACUUGAACGCUCCUAAGGGGCAGCCAAGCCCGAGUUCCCUGCGGCGGCGGUCCCUGCUGCCGGCCCUUCCGCGAUGAAGGAAAAGUCCAAGAACGCUGCCCGGUCACGGCGCGAGAAGGAGAAUGCCGAGUUCGUGGAGCUGGGCAAGCUGCUCCCUCUGCCGGCGGCCAUCACCAGCCAGCUGGACAAGGCGUCCGUCAUUCGGCUCACCACCUCCUACCUCAAGAUGAGAGCCCUCUUCCCGGACGGCCUUGGCGACAGCUGGGGCUCGUGUCCGCCGGCGGCCUCAGCCCGAGACGGCGCCAUCAAGGAGCUGGGCUCACACCUCCUGCAGACCUUGGACGGGUUCGUGUUCGUGGUGGCUCCCGACGGCAAGAUCAUGUACAUCUCCGAGACGGCCUCCGUACACCUGGGACUCUCGCAGGUGGAGCUGACAGGCAACAGCAUCUACGAGUACAUCCACCCGGCCGACCACGACGAGAUGACGGCCGUGCUCACACUACAGAGCGUCCUUCCUCACCCGCAUGGCGCCCAGGAGCUGGAGGUGGACCGGUCUUUCUUCGUGCGCAUGAAGUGCGUGCUGGCCAAGCGCAACGCGGGCCUCACGACGGGCGGCUACAAGGUGAUCCACUGCAGCGGUUACGUGAAGGUGAAGCACUACUCCAUGGACGUGGCGCCCUACGACGGCUGCUACCAGAACCUGGGCCUGGUGGCCGUGGGACACUCGCUGCCGCCGUCGGCCAUCACCGAGAUCAAGAUGUACGCCAACAUGUUCAUGUUCAGGGCCUCGCUGGACCUCAAGCUCAUCUUUCUGGACGCCAGGGUAGCGCCUUUGACGGGCUACGAGCCGCAAGACCUAAUUGAGAAGACGCUCUACCACUAUAUCCACGGAUACGACUGCCUACAUAUGAGGUACUCGCACCACACACUGCUGCUAAAGGGCCAAGUGACCACGAAGUACUACCGCUUCAUGUCCAAGGAAGGAGGUUGGGUCUGGAUGCAGAGCUACGCCACCAUAGUGCACAACAGCCGCUCUUCCAGACCUCACUGCAUAGUUAGCGUCAACUACGUUCUCAGCGAGCUGCAGGCACAAGAGUUGCAGCUUCAGAUGCACCAAUCCAGGUCCAAGACCAGCCCGUGCACCUUCCAGCCCUCUGAGACAGCGCCCACUUCGUCGGCGUCUAAGCCCGCCCCUGGCAAGAGCAAGACGCCCAAGGGAAAAUGUCGCCGCUCCCCCUACUACUGCACCGCAGACGCAGCCUCCGAAUCCACCACCAAUGGUCAGGCGUGCUACGAAGGCGCCCAGUACGGGGCUGCCGAGCUGCUGUCGGCCUACGUGCUGCCGUUCGUGGCCGAAGACCGCUGGUGCGGGCCCUACGGCGUGCCCAUGUCCGAAGGUCCCGGCUACUGUGGCGGCCAGCCCCGGCCACCGUACUGCGUCUCCGAAGAGCGCUACCUGACCCGGACCGACAUGGACAACUUCCCGGGCUACGGAGACUGCGCCCUCGGCCCGGACGCCGACGACGGCGCCGGGGGACUCAACGGGUCCGGACACAGGACGUCGCUGCUACAGUGCGCGGACUUGUCCGCCUAUUCGGUCCAGGAUGCCCUUUCGUCUUCCUGCUCGCGGAGCAGCGGUUCGGCGCAAGACCUGGUGUCGAGUCCCGGCAACGCAUCUCUCUUCCAGCACCGGCCCUUCAGCACCCACUCCGACUCGACCCUCUCAGAGUCCGACCUGGAAGGUCUGCCCACGCUGCCGUCCCAGGGCACAUCUCGUCGCUCGCCCAACUCCAGCCGCACUGCGGACGUCGAAUCCCCGGCGAGCAAGUCCAACUCGGUGUCCCCUACCACGCCUGUCCGGCAGCUGAACCACGAGGCCAGUCCCGGAGACCCCGGCAUAUCGACUUCGGCGUACCACAGGACCGUCGCCGACGAUCCUCCCGGACUCCUCAAAGCCGCCGUAGAUGCGUACGAGGCGCUGGAGCCCCCCGUGGACGUGUUCGCCCUCUACGGGCAGAGGUUGAGUGGCGGAGACGUGGCUGCGGCUACUGCGGUGGCGUCCUUCGACGGCGGCCGGUUCCUUUUGCCGGCGUGCGAGAGGGUGCCUCUGGCUGCGCAGCCGUACAGGCACGAACCGGUGGAGCUGCCGUCGACCGCCGCGGGCACAGCGUCCGGCAGGCAAAGUGCGGGCUACACGAGCGUCAUUGUGGACGCACAGCAGUACCAGGUGUCCAACGGGUUUGUGCACUGAACCUGAUGUCGUAUGUGAUUCACUCCAAUCAUGGUGAAGACAGCGCGUGGAUCGAUCUGGUGAAAGCUGGACAGCCGGUGAAGCUUUGUCGAAUGCGGCGCCAUCGACGAUUGCCACGAACGCGAUCUUUCAGCGUUGUAUCUCAUAUUGACCGAGAUAGUGCAAUCUGUCAGGAGCAAACAUUUUGACCGAAACUCUGACUAUCCUAUCUUGUGGACAGUAGAGACAAGAUUGUGUGAAAGCUCUCCUCCGGUGCAAUUCUACUCCUGAUGUUGAGGAAUGACUCUCCGAGAUAUACAUUGGACAAGGGCCGCCUCUUUCUGAAGGCGAUGGUUUAUCUGAAUUAGUGUGAAACCCCUGAACAUCAUGUUACUUGUGUAUAUUACAGUGUUUACAUCGAUAACAAAACAAUAUUGUGCGUUUCCGCGAAAAAAAAAUUUCUUCAUUGAUUUAGACUAGGGUAAGCGUAACCAAAGAAGUUUCUGCGUUAUUCCACUUCCGUACGUGCAAGCCGCCGCAUAUUUUACCGUGCAACUAAAUAUUAGGGAGUUUUCGUAGAUCGCGUUUCCCCCUCCGCCAGACCCUCCGCAACGAAGAAGCCGCUACUGCGCCUGCGAGCCGAUGGCUUUGACUGUAGAGUUCCGGGCAUCGUAGCGGAUUGAGGAAAGCGUUGCGGGACAGCGGAAACGAUCUACAAAAACUCCCUAUUGGCGUAUCACAUGUCCUUGCGUUUCGUUCCCUUCAUUUCACUUCUGCCUUGUCAUGAAAUAAGAGGGCAGUCUGACCCCGGCGUACUUCUUCACCAUGCCAAGAUUAAUCGCUGUCUCUUGUUUGAUUUCUCACUCUGAUCUCAAAACCGCCUUUCUAAAGUGAUUUAAAACACUCGGGAUAGAGCCACCAAACUACUUCGCCACUUUGGCAUUGUGACUUCGAGAAGCCCAGCGCAAGGUAGCCAAUGUAGGAUGCUUCCAGAAGUAGCCGCUGAAGGCUAUUUUCGGUUUUCAAGAAUUGGCAUUACAGGUCUAACGCACGCACGCUACGGCAUGGUGGAAUGGUGGCAACUCUAUUUCAUCUCCCUAACCUUAAAACUCCUUUCAAAACAAAAUACACAAUAAGUGGUACAAAGUAUGAGCAAGAAACAGAACACACAUUGAUUUUUUCAAUUCUUACACAAUGUUUUCUAAGCGAUUAAUAUAUUCUUACAUUUAAACAAACGCUAGGAUAUAAAGUGUCAAUUCAUAGUCAAUGUUCCCGCUCUUAAAUAAAAGGCGACUAAAUCAUAGUAUCAUUAUGUCAAAAUAAUUGUUUUCCUUUCUUUACUUUGCUUUGAGCAAAUUGUUGUUGCUAGGUAAUAAUAACAGGAUUACAAAUAUACGUCACUUGGCUGAAACGUCUGUUUACUUGUACCAUUUUUUUCACAAGGUGUGGUAACAGUUAUUGAGUCAGGCAUGAGUCUGUUGAAACCCGCUAAUGCGUAACUAGAAUUCCGCGUUGUCUUUAUAUAACAAAGACAAAAACGAAGGCCGAUAAUUCGAAGCUUGUUAUCGUUACACAGCGGUGACUGCGGCGAUGUUUCCAAAUCAAAUCACGACAUGCACGCACAAAGCAGGAAGAGGGCUGCUCUUGUUCUUGCUGAAUGGCAUUUCAAUAAUCUGGAUCAAUAAUUCAUCGGUUAAUAAGUGCGUGAGACUUGCCCGCUUCUUGAGAUUUUUUUUUUACUUUUUAGCAAACGUGUAUUACCCGCAGUGUACGUAGUCCGCACCCGG